GUAACGUUCCACAGGGGCUGAUUUGAUUGUUACAGCGAACCGAUAGCAUGUUUUCACUGCAGAUGUGAAUGAAUAUUCUGUCUGUUUGAAUAAGGACUUAAAACGUAAGGAAUAUAUGAUAUUAUACUCCAAGGUCUCAGAACUGCUUCCACGAUGGAAGGAGACAUUUUGGAUUCGUUAGAACAACUUGGGUACGAUGGCCCUCUGCUGGAGGAGAAGUGUCUACUCAGUGGUGUAGAAGGAGGGCUGUCCUCUCCGGAGUUUGUGGACCUCUGCGUGUGGCUGGCGUCCAGAUUAAAGACGUUAUGCAAUCUGGAAGAAAGCAUUUCUUCCGGACCAGGUGACAUUGAGGGGCUUCAACUGGAGAUGAGCAGUUUGCUAAAAGAGCUUCACUGUCCUUACAAAGCGGUUCUCGCAGGGAUUCUCAAGGGACAACUGCAAAUCAAAAAGCACAACCUGCAGCUACUCUUGUUCCUCAGCUCUGAGCUCCAAGCAGCCCAGAUGGAGAGGAGCAAGAUGGGGUCGAAGAAGGAAGGACGAGACGGCACCUUCCAUCAGGACCUCCAGGACAUCUGUCAGACCUUAGUGCUGCCUGAGCCUCGCGGACGAGGCAUAGAGGAGGUUUUCUCUCAAGUAGAGGAACAGAUAAACAAAGUCCUUCAAAAACUUCCCACUGGGAUCAUGGAAGAGCCGGUGCUGACCAAGACUCUGAGCCAUGACCAAUGGGAGAAACUUAAUAGCAUCAACGUAGCACUGACGUCGGAGUACGAGUGCCGGAGGAGAAUGUUGAUCAAAAGACUGGAUGUGACCGUGCAGUCCUUUGGCUGGUCUGACCGAGCUAAGGUGAAGGUGGACAGCAUGGCCAGGGCGUACCAGCCAAGGAGACACUCCCUGAAGCCCCAGCCCUCUGUGGGGGUUGCGGAGCUGCUGGCGGCCAGGGAGGACAUCUGUAACGUGGUGAAGACUAGCAGUGGCUCCAGCAGGGAGCAUACAGCCUGUGCUGUCAACAAGGUCUUGAUGGGCAGGGUGCCCGACCGAGGAGGCCGUCCCUCUGAGAUAGAUGCCCCGCCCCCUGAGAUGCCUCCCUGGCAGAAGAGACAGGAGGGUGGAGGUGGCUGGGGGAGAGGAGGAGGUGGUGGAGGAAGAGGAGGUGGUGGUAAUUGGAGAGGGGGCGGCGGCGGCGGUGGUGGUGGUAAUUGGAGAGGGGGCGGCGGCGGCGGCGGCGGCGGCGGCGGCGGUGGUGGUGGUGGAAGAGGAAGUUGGAACCACGGUGGACAUGGAGGGAAGAGAGGGAGAUACUAGCACUAAUUGUAUUAUUUUGUUGCAGUUUUGUCAAUGUGUACAGUGUUAUAAACUUACCUAUUUUCUAGAGACAGAAAAAAAUAAUUUUCAAGUUUGUUGAAAAAUAGAUGGAAUCAAUCAUGUUUGCAGAAUUUGAUGCCAUUUGGCUUAAAUGCUGACGGCCUCAUUGAACUCCUAUUUCUUACUGGUAAUGAAUUUUAUGCCCGUGGCUUUUAUUUGUUAUAAUUUUCUAUGCAUGAACUUUGAAGUGUUGACUAGAACAGUGUGACUAAACAAGAUUAUGUAUUUCUAGUGGCACCCAGUUUUGCAAGGUCAAACUCAAAAUACAUCGCAACUUCCAUCAUGUUUGGUGUGGAAGCUUAACUUGUUUUAAACAGAGGAAUACGUUCAGGAAUCACUUGACGAAUCUCUGACAAAAUGGAAAUUUAGUGAGAUGUGUGAACAAAUUAUUACAAUUAAGAAAUAUAUACUGAAAAUAUCAUUCCUUUAUUCUGUAAUGCAACUAGGAGAUAUUUUAGUUAUUUCUUAUACUAUUCUACUGCCUUAGAUUACUUAGAUGUAAAGUAUGGCAAAGCAAUGUUCAUUCAGCCAAUGAAUUGCUCACCAUCAUGAACUAUUUUCUGUAGACAGAUACCUCUGUAGUUUGAUUAAGUUUGUCUCAUUUAUUUAAUGAAGUUUCCCGAACAGUAACCUGUCUUGAACUCACCUCGUUUUGGACCACUAGGGGACACUGCAGGCAAGUGGUGAUGCCUGAAUAAAAUGUAUAUUUGCAAAUAUUUAUUAGCAGAGAAUAUCUCCACUUUUUCCUGGGAAUUACGAUUUUCACAUUGUU